UACAGGUUCUUGUGACGUCAGUAAUAAACACGGAAGUCGCCAUCUUGGAUUUUGGUAAACAAUAUCAAAAUGUGGGGCAUAGCAAGUCGUGAUACAGGUGAAGAAGAAGUCGAUAUAGCAUCAACGAAUGCGUAUCGGUAUCCACCUAAAAUCGGUAACUACUUUGGGAGUCACUUCUACAUGGGAGGCGAACGAUUUGACAUGAGUCAGCCAGAGUCCUAUUUAUUUGGGGAAAACUCGGACCUCAACUUCCUAGGAAAUAAACCUAUUCCAUUUCCAUACCAAGUUUCCUCAUCUGGAAGUGAGCCUACAAAGCCACUGAAAAGCCUCCUCAAUAUUCGUAAGGACUCGCUCAAAUUUGUCAAGGUAGAUGACAGUGGUGAUGGUUCUGGGGGAGAUAAAACAGACUCCAUCAAUACAAAGUACAACAUUGAGUUCACAUUUGACUCAGAUUCAAAGUGUGCAAUAACUGUAUACUACUUUGCUACAGAAGAUGUCAACAAUGGACAGAUAACGUUUCAAUCAAGGGAGCCAUGUCUGAACUCAGAAACCUAUCAUUACAAAAGAGGUGCUAAUCAGCUGUUCUCUCAGCCCACACAUGUCCUGGAUCCCAGCAAAUUCAGUGACGAGGAGUGGCAGUAUGACCCUGUGAAGGAGACUAUCCCAGUCAUUAUCAGUUGUGUGGUGGAAGACGAUGAUCAUCCAUGUCAUUGUCACUUGACCUAUGCUGUGGUGGAGAAGAGCUCUGUGGAUGGAGGCUACAUGAUAAAAGCAUUAAAGCAGAAGCAGUUUGUGGAUGGGCUUAUCUAUCUUCUGCAGGAAAUAUAUGGAAUUGAGAACAAACACACAGAUCGAUCAAAGCUGGAAGACCCAGAUGAUGAGGUGGAAGACAGUGGAGCAGAGUGUGUGAUCUGUAUGUCAGACAUGCGUGACACACUCAUACUUCCAUGUCGCCACUUGUGUUUAUGUAGUAACUGUGCCGAGUCCCUCCGAUACCAGGCUUCUAGUUGCCCCAUUUGUCGGUCACCCUUCAGAGCAUUGCUGCAGAUCCGCGCUAUGAGGAAAAAACAACCACUGUCUGUACAAACAGGUGAGACAGGAGAAGAAAACCCCGUUAGCCAGGAGGGAGUCCCUACGGGUUACGAGGCAUUGUCUCUGAUUGAGGCAGUCAAUGGACCGUGUAAUCAGCUGUUUACUGUUGAUGGAGGUCUGCAGCUUCCUGUUAGGACAGUAGCUCCGGGGGACAUUGACAACAGUUACCGAGAAAAGAAAAGGCUCUCAAAAAGACAUGUAAUCAGUGUGAAACCAGAGGAACCUGUUGUGAGCCCCAAUGUCAAACCUGAUGAUAAAAAAGUGUUGGAUGAAGAGGAAGAGGAAAGAAAGAAAGAUAUCCCUGUGGAAGUGGUCAGAAUGGAAAGAAAAUCCUCGAAAAAAGAUGCUGCUAAAUCUCAAUACACUGAAAACAAGGAUAUAUCGGAUGAAUCAAAUGCUUCAAAGAUUGUAAAUGUAUCCGACUACAAUACAGACAGCUUAGACAGUAAGGGGAUGCGACCUGCCUCACUGAGAGUGUAUGAGUCUGAGGCAGACAGUGAUUAUGACAUUAAGCCGAUGACAUUGAAUCAAGGUCACCCAUCAACAGAAAACUUGGCAGAUGAUGAGAGAGAAGACAGCUCCGAGCCCGAGGCUGAACCAGAGCCCGACUACGAGGACGAUUUAUCAGCAGAGGCAGUGAUGUCAGGAUCAACUCCAAAUGUGUCACAAGACACAUGUUUAACAGAUUUUGAAGAGAGUGGUGUCACCUAUGUCAAGGGUUUGAGUUUAAGUAUGAAUGAUAUGAACAGAGACAAUUCUGGCUAUCACCCUCUGUGUUUACAAAGCAAUGCAUCCUUACCUGAUAACUCCACCAGUGGAACAGAGGCAUCAAGCUUUGGAAGUAACUACAGUUCUAGGAAGCUUCUACCAGACAAUUCAGAAAAUACAGACUGAAAAAUUCUUCUUUUUAUCCCGAUAUUUAACGAGCAUGUACCAGUUUCUAUACUUCAUUAAAUAGGAAUAAAACAUUAUGACUGAUCUUUCUUCUGGAAGUGAAAGCUGGUUUUUCACUUCAUAAUUCUAGUCUGCAUACAAUGUAAACACUUUAAUCAUACUUUAAUCAUAUACUAAUUUUGUAUAUGUCUCCUCAGCUUUAAUCACAGUAUAGUAUUAGAAUGUACACAAUUUAUCACAUUGUCCAUAAAGUGCAUCACUUGAUUUUUCACUGUGAUUUUUUUGUUUUGAGUUGUGUUGGGUACAGUUGAUACUGUUAAAAUGUUUGUAAAUGGAAUACAUGUAAUAUAAAACUUUGUAAUUAAUGUCACUUCAGAUUUAUCUGAUCUGUGUUGUAAGACUGUGGAUUGUCAAGACUGUUGUCCAUUAACUGUGCUAGGAUUGACAGCAGAGUUGUGUUGGGGUUGUACAAUAAAUCACAAUAAUGCAGAAAAUGAAUUUUAUUUAAAAGUAUUCAGCAGUAACAUUUGACAUUCUUGUAUUCAGAGCUUAUAUACAUUUAUUUCUACUUUUCAUUUUUCAAAACAUUUAAAGACUACAAUCUUGCCAGCUGUCAAGGAGUGUAUUAAGUAUCAUUAGCUGUGAGAAAAAAAUGAUUUCUGAAUGUAGGAUGUUGUCUAUUUCACUCAAAUGAUCAUGAUGGUAAUGUUAUUGUAUGAGGCAUAUUAAUUGUUAUAUAAAAUUCAUUUAGAACAA